AUCUAGGGGUCUCAACAUAAAAUGCAUGGAUACCUGAGGUUCACAGCACGUAUGCAGUGGAAUUGAGCGAGCCGGCGAUAUCGGUUUGCCCAACGUUGCUCCGAACCAUCAUAAAACCUGUGCGCUCAAUCAUAAGCUGCAAAAUAUCAACAGAAUUUACUCUUGUUUGCACGGCACCUUGGGCUGACCGGAAUUGCAAAUUGGAGCUCGCUGUAGGUAGCUUCUGGCUUAUCAAAACAUACGGAUACCGUCAUGUGGGCAAGCGCUUUGCUUCGACCAUGCCUUCUUGUACCUCGCGGGCUGGCGCGACGAGGGCUCGGCCUGGGCGGGCCAGCGCCGCUCGCCGCCGCUCGGGGGCUGUUCAACAACACAGCCGCAAACGCCACGCCAGCUACGCCAGCAACAAGCCAUGCUACACAUAGCCACGCAGGCCACGGCGCUACCAGCAGCGCCGGCCUCAACAGCAGGCACCUGAGCCACAGCUCUAGCUGCAGCGCCGGCGCCGGCAGUAGCAGCGGACGUGGCGCCGAUGACGCCACCUAUACCACCACCACCACCACCGCUGCCACCGCUGCCACUGCCACUGCAAACCGCAAUGAUGCUGGCACCAUCAGUGACGCAGAGUGGGCUGAGGUGGUGGAGCUGCUGGGGGCAAUGGCGGCGACCAAGGGCCGCCCCAACGCGCCGGGCGGGUGGCGGGACGCGUACGAGUACAUGCCCGUGCACCUGCAGCGUGUCGGACUGACCCCGGAGCGCCUUGCCUCCCUCAACUUCAUUCACGUGGCCGGAACCAAGGGCAAGGGCUCCACGUGUGCUAUGGUGGAGUCGCUGCUGCGCGCCGCCGGCUACCGCACUGGGCUGUACACCUCGCCACACCUGGUGGACGUGAGGGAGCGACUGCGGCUGGACGGCCGCAUGCUGCCCCGGGCUGAGUUCGCCGCCUCCUUCUGGCGGGUGUACGGCGCACUGAGUACGGCGGCGGCACGGGACGCCCAGGCGGCGGCUACGGCGGCGGCGGCUGGUGGCGGCGGCGGCAGCCCCGCCAGCGGCCAGGUGGCGGCGGUGGGCAUGCCCAGCUUCUUUAGCUUUAUGACAAUCAUGGCCAUGGAUGCGUUCCUUGCCCGGCCUCCGGAGCUGCGGCCGCAGGUGGUGGUGCUUGAGGUGGGCAUCGGCGGGCGGCUGGACGCCACCAACGCGGUGGUGGGCCCCCGCGGCUGCUCCCUGGCCGCCGCCGCGGUGACCAGCCUGGGCUUCGACCACAUGGAGCUGCUGGGAGACACACUGCCGAAAAUUGCUCGUGAGAAGGCGGGCGUGAUGAAGCCGGGGCGGCCGGUGCUGGCGGUGCCGCAGCCGGAGGAGGCUAUGGCGGCGUUGCAGGAGGUGGCUGACCGCGUCGGCGCGUCGCUAUCCGUGCCGCCGCCGCUGGAGCGCUACAGCCUGGCGGCGGGUGCAGGCAGUAGCAGCAGUAGCAGCAGCUCGGCACCUGACCUGGUGGGCCUGGGCGGGGAGCACAUGCGCCUCAACGCCUCCCUGGCUGUAGCACUGGCGGCCGAGUGGGAACGACAGUACGGCGCGGCUGCUACAGCCGCGGCGGCGGCAGCCGCCUCCGGUGCCGGCGCUGGCGCCGUGGCGGCUGCGGCGGCGGCGGCUGCCGGCAGGGCGCUGGUGCUGCUGCCCGGUGGGCCGAAGGGCGCAGAUGCCACGGCGCGUGCUGCUGCGGUCAGCCGGCUGCAGCUUCCGGCCGAGUACGCGGGGGGGCUCCGAUCCGUCAGCUGGCCCGGCCGCAGCCAGGUCAUUGAGGACGCCGGCGGCAGUGGCGGGCGCCUGACGCUCUACCUAGACGGCGCCCACACGCCCGAGAGCAUGGCCACCUGCGCCGCCUGGUUCGCCUCCGAGCUGCGGAAGCGGGCCUGCGGCAGUAGCACUACCAGCAGUAGCAGUGGCAGUACCAGCAACAGCAGUGGCGGCAGUAGCAGUGGCGGCAGUGGCAGUAGCAGCGGCGAGGCAGGCCGACACGCGGCGGUGCUGUUGUUCAACUGCAUGCGAGACCGCGACCCCGCCACCCUACUGCCGGCUCUGGCGGCGUCGCUGCAGCAGGCAGGCGUGCAACUGCAGCCACACCCAGCGGCCAGCGGCGCCGGCACCAGUAGUAGCACCAGCAGUAGCAGCAAUGGCAGCAGCAGCAGCAGCAGCAGCAGCAGCAACGCAGACGCGGCAAUAGCAGUGGAGCUGGCGGCGGCGGUGUUUACUCCCAUGCUGUCUGGGGGCGGUGUGUUGCUGGGACCGGGGGCAGGAGCGGGAGCGGGAGCAGCCGCGGCAGGAGCCGGCACGGCCUCUGCGCCGGCGUCACACCCACAGCCUUCAGUGCUGCCCCAGGCGGCAUCGCCCUCUGCGGACCUCAGCUGGCAGGAGCGCAUGCUGUGCGUGUGGAGCCAGGAGUUAGGCCUCAGCGAACCUGCAGCGCAGCCCUCCGCCUCCCCCGCCUCGUCCUCGCCUUCGCCCUCGUCCUCGGCCUCGUCUUGCUUGGGGCCCGGGUCCACCACCACGACGACGACCAGGGCCUCGAGGCUGCCGGGCCUGCCGCGUGUGGCUGUGGCGGGGUCGCUACCUGUGGCCCUGGAGCUGCUGCGAGCCGCGGCCGUGGCAGCACGCCCCGCCGGCCCGGUGGGUUCUCCGGCGGCCCCGCCAGCAGCAACGCCCCCGCCCCCGCACCUGCACGUGCACUUGCACGUGCUGGUCACGGGUUCGCUGUACCUGGUGGGAGACGUGCUGCGGCUGUUGGGCCGCGCGCCGGAGUGAAAAAGGUGAAAGGUGAA